AUAAGUUAACUUUUUCAUAAGUUGCAGAAUCCACAAACACCAUUUCAUCCAAUCACACUUCACCAGCUUCCAUACCCCCAACCCCAUCUCUCUUUUCUCUGUUGGUGGCUGUUUACAGAUCUGUGUGUGUGUGUGUGUUUGUGUUCUUGGCAAGGGGUAAAUCAAGAUUCAUUCCUUGAGGCCUGCUAAAUAGACUGCUUUCCUUGCUUUCAGUUGCUGCCAUCAUCUUUUUUCUGCUUUCUUCUCUUUUCUUUGCUGCUCAUACAUCAAGGAGGAGGAAGAAAAAGUAAGAAAGCAGGGGAGGCCUUUUCUCCACUUUUCUGCCCUCACAAAACCCCAGAAUUCAGAGUUUUCCUCUCUGUUCUUUUCUCACUUGAGUUCCCAUCAUCCAGCUUUUUCAGUCUGUCACUGUUCUCUCUCCCACCUCCUUCUUUCCUCAAUCUUUCAGGUUUUCUUUUGUUUUCUAAAGCUCAGGACAGCAGCUGAUAGCUUCCUUUUUCUUCGAAGUAGUGAAAUCCUUGCACUGUCAUUAUUCUGGAAUUGUUUCUUGAUUUCAGCUGUUCCUGCCUUCAAUUUCGCCUGGACGUUCAGAUCUUGGUGAUGGUUUAGUUCCAUUGACUUGUAUUGAAUUUAGAUAGCUUGGGGUUUGUUGUGAUUGUAUCUGUUAUCUUCAAGUUUUGGCCCAACUUGAGAGACUUUGAUUGAUUUUGGAAAAGUGGGGUCUUUUUAAGAUUCCUCAAGGGAGAGGUGGCUGUAGAGGGAAAAGGGUAUUCUGAUUCCUCCACACAAAAUGCUUCUUGAUUUAACAUUAGUAUUGCCAUUGUGACUCUCCCACCUCUCUGCAUUUCUUUUCCCUUCUCUCUCUUCCCUCUCUCUCUCUCUUGCUCUGUUUUUCCCUCUGGUUCAUCACAUUUCAGAACCCUUUUCCACUGAUGUUGUAAAGCAAGAAAAUCUUGUGAUUACUGAGCAUAUAGAUUGGAGUUUUAUGAGUUGGGGUAUGGAGAUUCUAUCACCAAGUUCAUAUUUUUCCACUUCAAGCUGGUUGCUGGAUGAGAGCAGGAGCACAAGGUGGACUCCAGCUGAGAACAAAGCCUUUGAGAAUGCUCUGGCCUUGUUCGACGAAAACACCCCGGAUCGAUGGCAGAAGGUGGCUGCAAUGGUUCCUGGGAAGACUGUGGGUGAUGUAAUUCGGCAGUACAAGGAAUUGGAAGAUGAUGUGAGUAGUAUAGAAGCUGGGCUUAUCCCAGUUCCUGGUUAUGCCACUUCUUCACCUUUUACACUUGAAUGGGGCAGUGGCCAUGGCUAUGAGGGCUUCAAGCAAUCUUAUGUAGCCGGGGGACGGAAAUCUUCAUCCGCCAGGCCGUCCGAGCAAGAACGGAAAAAGGGCGUGCCUUGGACUGAAGAGGAGCACAAGUUGUUUCUGAUGGGGCUCAAAAAGUAUGGAAAAGGGGACUGGAGAAAUAUAUCCCGCAAUUUCGUGAUCACCAGAACACCUACACAAGUUGCUAGCCAUGCACAGAAGUAUUUCAUCCGGCAACUUUCAGGGGGGAAAGAUAAGAGGAGGGCGAGCAUUCAUGAUAUCACAACAGUAAACCUCAAUGACGAUCAAACCCCUUCACCGGACAACAAGAAGGCGCCCUCACCGGAGCAGUCGACGUCCGUUCUUGGUCAACAGUCAAAUUCCAGCGCCAUUCAAAAACUUCCUUUCCAGUGGAACCAGACGAAUAACGAGACGGUCAUGGGUUUCGGCUCACCCUGUAAUGGGAAUAAUGUCUUCACAUCUCCACCCUACGGUGUGAACUCAUACGGGCUUAAUAAAAUUCACAGCCAACAUCUGCAAAGAGGUGCUAAUUCGAUGCACGAACCAUACUUGGGAUCUCAGAACAUGGUCUUCCAGAUGCAAUCAGGGCUUCACUACCCUAAUGCAUGAGACGGGAUUCAAGUGUCGUUUCGGAAAAAAAAAAAAAAAAAGAAAAAAAACAGAGCGCAGCUCGAAAUGCCUAGUUAAUCUAGCUUAUUAAGCUUAGCUUGUGUUGUGCUUUUAUUGAUCUUCUUCUGUGAAUAUGUUGAGAUGGGACUGAGGGUAGAAUUUGCAGUGUGUUGCUAGCAAGUGGAAUCCCCCAAACUCUACAUUGAAAUGGAACAUCUUGAUGAGAUACUCCUUGUAUUUAAAAAGAUUAGUUAUUAUCAUGGAA